CCCCCCCCAGCCGCCCCUUCCCCACCCGCCCCCCCCCCCGGCGGCGCCCCCAGCCCCGAUUUCGGAGCCCCCCCGGCGGGCCAAGCCCCCCAAGAAGGCCAAGAAGAAGAAGGACCCCAACGAGCCGCAGAAGCCGGUGUCGGCCUACGCGCUCUUCUUCCGCGACACGCAGGCGGCCAUCAAGGGCCAGAACCCCAACGCCACCUUCGGCGAGGUCUCCAAGAUCGUGGCCUCCAUGUGGGACUCGCUGGGCGAGGAGCAGAAGCAGGUGUACAAGCGCAAGACGGAGGCGGCCAAGAAGGAAUACCUGAAAGCUCUGACGGCCUACAAGGCAACCCUGGUAACCCCAAAAACCCCAAAAUUCCCCCCAAAAAAUCUUAAAAAUCCGCACGAAAAAAUCCCAAAAUUCAGAAAAAAUCCGCUCAAAAAAACCCAAAAAAAAUCUGCCCAAAAAAGCCCCAAAAAUCAAAGAAAACCCACAAAAAAACCCCCCCAAAACUCAAACAAAAAUCCACCCAAAAUUGUUUUAAAAAUCCACCCCAAAAAACCCCAAAAUCAAAGAAAAUCCUCCCAAAAUAUCCAGCAAAAAAUCCACCCAAAAAUAAAAAAAAAAAAAAAAUCCACCCAAAAACUUUAAAACAAUCAUCAUUUCAAAAAUCCCAGAAAACCCACUCAAAAAAUCAAUUUUUAAUCGAUUUUUAAUCCGUUUUAAACAAUUUUAACUAAUUUUAAAUCAAUUUUAAUUUAAUCAAUUUAAAUCAAUUUUGAAUCAAAUUUUAACCAAAUUUUGUCCAAAUUUAAAUCAAUUGUAACUAAUUUUUAAUCAGUUUAAGUCAAUUUUUAAUCAAUUUUUAAUAUAUUUUUAACAAAUUUUUGAUCAAUUUUUAACCAAUUUCUAAUCAAUUUUUGAUCUAUUUUUAACCAAUUUUUAACCAAUUUUUAAUCUAUUUUUAACCAAAUUUUAAUCAAUUUUUAAUGAAUUUUUAGUCAAUUUUUAACCAAAUUUAAUCAGUUUUUAAUCAAUUUUUAACCAGUUUUUAAUCGAUUUUUAACCAAUUUUUAAUCCAAUUUUAACCGAUAUUUCCCAAUUUUAACCCAUUCUUUCUCUCUUU